UUGCCUGCUGAAUGUAAACCUGAAUGGCGGUUGCCAAAUACAGUGUUCAUCCCUGACAUAUGAAGGGUCGUAUGUAGUGUUUCCAGGUGGGUUUUGUCCUGGAAGUCCCGAGCAAAACCUGGCACUAUUGAAUCAACCAAUUACAUUCUACCAGCCUGCCAUUCUGUCAGCCAAUCACAUGCUACCAGCCAGAGUCAGUAACACCUCCCUUCCUCCCUUGUUGAUGAUGGAAACGGUGUCAGUGUUGGACGAAGAUAACAGCAGGACACUACAACAUGAUCCAGUGUUAAGACAACAGUGAGAUCUGGGUGGCGGCAAGAUGAACGACUGGUUAGCACAUCUGCCUCACAGUUCUAAGGACCCAGGUUCAAAUCCCACCACGAAUGUGUGGAGUUUGCAUGUUCUCCCUGUGCCUGCGUGGGUUUUCUCCGGGUACUCCAGCUCCCUCCCACAUCCCAAAAACAUGCAGGGCAGGUAAAUUGAAGACUCUAAAUUGUCCGUAGGUAUGAAUGUGAGUGCGAAUGGUUGUUUGUUUAUAUGUGGCCUGCAGUUGGUUGACAAACAGUUCAGGGUGUACCCCGCCUCCUGCCUGCGGUAAACUGGGAUAGGCUCCAGCAUACACGCGACCCGAGUGAGGAUAAGCGGUAUAGAAAAUGGACGUAAUGUGAGCAUUUCCUGACAUGCUCUCUGUGGAUUACAAAGUCUUGCAUCACUUUGGCCAAUCUUCAAAGCCUGAACCUCUCGACUGUGAAGUGUGACGUUGAAUGACCCUAACUGAACUAUAUGCUCGCCUUGAUUUGACCUGUCACAGUUGAUCUCAAACUGUUAAUUAUUAAUCCUUUCCAAUUUUCCCUGUGGGCUGCAUUUGGGUCCUAAGUCACACUCGCUCCCUGUCAGUAAUAGGUGGAAAUUAGUUAGCACACAAACUUACCCUUGUGACUGACAUGCUUCCUUCUGCAAUGACACAUUAUAGCUAUCAAUUUAAAAAAAAAAAAAAAAAAAAACAUACAAACUUUCAAUCUUGAGGUGACAUAAUGCUGCAAGGAGUCAGGAAGAGAUGGAAGUUAUAUGGCACUUCUCAGAAAGUUGAAGUGUCCAAGGCAGUUAAUAGAUCUGCUCUCAUCUAUUUUACACACUUUAGAGAGGUUAAUAACUUGGACCACACGGGCACUGACCAUUAGUAUCAAUUUGUGAAAAAAUAAAUAAUAAAUUAACCCUGUAGCAGGGAUCACCAACAUGGUGGUGAGUAGCCCAUGGGCCUGUUAAAAAAUAGCUAAUGGGACAUUAUCAUUUCCUAGGAAUGUUAUAGAUCAUUUGAAAAUGUAAACACUUGCAGUUUUAUAUAAACAAAGUGUUGCAUAUGGAUAUUUAUCUGUUUCCUACCUUGCUAGAUCAUUGGUAAUAAUAAUUCAACAUGGUCAGUGUCUUCACAUCAAUAUGAUGAAUACUAUUACUUAUUCAUAAUAAAAUAUAAUUAAAGAUAAUUUGAGCACACCCUGACACCCUGGCCUGGGGGCCAGAUCUGGCCCGCUGUAUCAUAACCCUAACCGGCAACAGCAAAUCAUAUUUGUCAACUUCCAUGAUUAUUGAGUACUGUAAAUCUAUACCAAAAUUUCCAAUUUUCAUAUUAAAUGAACAAUAAUCUUGAGAUUUUGCAUUUUAAGCAUUUUUCUGUUACCAAACCCCUUUUUACAGUAACUUGAACAAUAGUUGAACAAACUAUUAUCUAUGACUUCUGAUUUCAAAUCUAGUUAUCCAUCAAUUCGUUGUGUAUAUGUAAUAUUAUGAGGACCCGAUUAAACAUUUAUAUGGCUUUAAAGUCAUAACAAACGUCUGAGGAAAACCACGCUUCUAGCAGUAAGUCGUCAUAACUUAAUUAUUAAAAGUAAUGUGUGUUGUAAUGUUUUGACACAUCAAUAGCACUGCUUUGUGGUUUCAAACUUCUUUUCACCCUUGUGUCACAAUUACAAAUGUUACAACAGGAUGUGUGAGGUCCAUCUACAACAUUGGGCCCUCCUGUUCGUCAUUCACAUGAAAUGUUGCACAUGCACAAGAAUAUUUAAUAACUGUAGGAUAAUCAAGCUGUGUUUAUUAUUCCCUGAUGAUAGAAAAGAUCAAUUCCAUCAGGCUUUUCUCCUUAGGAGGUGUGGAGCAUUGAACUGCUGCUGACAUCAGCUCUUAAUGGAUCCCACCAGAUGCAGGUGUUCUCACCUUACAUUUAACCCCAUCCCCUUAUCCGCCUUCCCCCUCCCCUCCACGUCUCCUGUCGGUCCGAUAACAAGUGUGUGCAUAUCACUAGCGGGGGACAGGGGUCUUGCAUUUAUGGCGUGACCAAGGUCACCGUUUAAACAGAGUGUGACCUUGCUCAUAGCUUAUUGUGACAAACAGGCAGCUCACAGCAGAGAAGGAUGCUCCCAUCACUGCUACUGUGGGAUCCCACAUCCCUCUCAGAAAUAUGGCUUUGCUACACUUUGAGCUGCUUGGCAUCCUCCUCCACGUCAACGUUCUCCAUCCACACUUUUUCUUUGCAUGUGAAUGUGUGUGGGGGGUGUGUAGUGUCCACAAGAUAGGGAAAUUUGCUUGAAUUGCGAGUGUUCACCCUUGAGGAAUCUCAGGUCGUCCUUGCGAAAAGCAUUCCUGCGUCUCUCCACGUCUCGUGCGCACAAUCCUGUCCCUCAUCACUGCACUCCUGCAUCCCUGACUCCUCCCCUUUCCAACAAACACACUCCAUCCUUCCUCCCUCCCUGCUUCCCUCCCUCCCUCUCUUCAUCCUUCUGCAGAUCAACGUAUCAGAGAGACUGCAUGGAGCAGAUGCGUUCGGCCAGUCCGUGUGUGGGAUGUGGUGGGAAGUGUGCUGUGGUGCAGUGGAUAAGUGGAGUGGAGAGGAGAGCGUGGAAUUUAAACACAGAGACGGCGAGGUGCUCCCUGUGUGCUGCAGUGGAAGUCCCCCCCCCAACACCUCCUUCAAACCUGCACCUCCUCCCUAUGUAAUAUUUAUGACAAAAGGGAGGUGAAAUAUUCCAGUCACGUUUUGGGGAUGUCAGUCGGCUGUCCUGAGGAGCGCUAGAGUGGAACCCGGUCCAGUAGCAGAGACGGACCCCUGCAAUAGGAUGUAAACGGAGUUCCCAUUCUUCACAUUGUAAACUGAAGCAGGAGCAGAACAAGAUUGGAUCCGAGUGAUGCAGGAAAGUGAAGGAGGGGAAGAAGACCACCCUGACCAUCAUCUUCAUCAAUGACGAUGAUUUGGCGUGGUAGCUGCUGUUGCUAUGUGUAAACGAGUGCCUUGGCACCAAUGGAGACCGAAGGCUAUCGUGACCUCCUGGAGACCAGCGACGGUCGGGGGGUAGGCCUCCUGGAUGGACAAGGUGGGGGUGGGGUGGAGGAGGACUGGAGCGCCCCCUACCCUCUUGGCUUCCAGGUGUCUUUGACCACAGUGCUGAUCCUAGAGCUGGUACUGGGCUUCAGCAGCAACUUGACUGUACUCGUGCUGUACUGCGCCCAGUCCAACCUGGUGGAUUCAGUCAGUAACCUGGUCACUGUCAACCUCCAUGUUCUGGACAUACUGGUGUGUGUGCUGUGUCUGCCGCUGACGGUGGCUGUCAUCCUCCUCCCGGCCAAUGGAAGCGGCGUCGGGAGCCUGGCCACAUUGUGCUGCUUUCACGAAGCCUGCGUCACGUUCACCAGUGUGGCCACUGCUGUUAACGUCCUGGUGAUCAGUUUGGACCGCUACGACAUCUCUGUGCGUCCAGCCAGUCGCCUCCUGAACCCUCGCCGUGCUGGACUGCUGCUGGUGGCAGUGUGGGCCGUCUCUCUGGCUGUCUUCUUCCUUCCUUUCCUUGAGGGUGACUUCUUCUCCUCAAUGGCUGAAGACAAUGAGGAUGUGGAGCAAGGAGGCCUGAACAAUGACUUGGAGUCCACUACUGGACCCGCAACACUGUUUUCUUCUCUUGCACCUUCUGUUUUACCUUCGACCCACCCCUCCUCCCCCUCACACAACCUUUCUCCAGAAUGGCAGAACAGAACACUGCUAUGCAUCGGGGGGCAAGGCUACUACACAGGAAUGGCUAUGUAUUACCACUUGUUACUACAAGUGCCCUGCUUCUUCAUUGCUGUGGUUGUCAUGCUGUUCACCUACUCCCAGAUCCUACAGGCCCUCAACAUUCGAAUAGGAUCCCACAUGAUGAGGAGUAACCGUACAAAGGACUCGUCCUGCAGGAUACGCUGCAGGAGGACGAAGAAGAAGGACCUCACCUUGCCAACAGAGGUGGUAUCCUCCAAUCAGAACCAGAAUCUCUCUCAUCCACCCCUUAUUCCCUCUCCCACCCCAACGCCGACAUCCCCACCACCACUGUCCUCCAUGCCCCAGGGGAUAUCUGACAGUGGUGCUACAGUCACUACUGUUAGUACGGCUGCCACCACCCCCAUUGCCACCACACCUGCCACCCCUGCUUCUCCAACUCCAGCGUCAGGAUCCAUGCAGACCCACGCCACCUCCCCACUACCGGCUUCCUCCAUGGGUGUACAGGCCUCGGUUUCUGCAAUCAUCGCCUUGAGACGGGCCGUGCGUAGACAUAGGGACCGCCGGGAACGUCAACGUCGUGUCCUUAAAAUGUCUCUAAUAAUUAUUUCCACCUUCUUGGGCUGCUGGGCUCCCUUGUCCGCGGUCAACAUUCUGAUCCUGUGCAUGGGCCCCAGCGACGGUUUGGUGCGGAUCCGUCUUUGCUUCUUGGCGAUGGCUUAUGGAACAACAAUCUUUCAUCCUCUGCUCUAUGCUUUCACAAGGCAGAAGCUGCGCCGGGCCCUGAAAACACGAGUCAAGAAAAGGGUUGUGUCCCUCCUGCAGGUGGACCCAGCUCCCAUUGGGGGGACAGUUAUUCAUAACUCCUGGGUGGAAGGGGGAGGCCAGAGGAAGAGUCGCAAGCCCCGAGUGGAGGCCAGCGAUGGCACUGAUCGAUGUCUCACUGAGGCAGUGAGGGAAUAAGGGUGGUCUUCAGUGUGCGCGCAUGUGUCAAGUGUUGGGAAUUUGAAGUAUUGUAUGCUAUCAUCUGCUGAUGGAUGGUGUGCAUAUCCUUGCAUGUGUGUGAGAAGCCAUUAGUUUACAAAGGACAGAUCCCAGGACCUCUGGUUCCGGACAGAUGAGGAGCCCAGAGUCAUUGGGUCUAAACAAGAGCCGACCUUUCUGCACUCCUAAUGUAAUCUAGUUGACCACUUUUAACUGUCUCCAUGACAGCAUACAGUCCCCUCCAAAAUUAUUGGAGCAACAAGUUCAAUUCCUGUUUUGGUUGUGUUCUGAAGACAUUUGGGUUUCAGAUCAAAAGAUGAAUAUGAGACAAAGGUUCUUGAAUUCCAGGUUUUUAUUUCAUGGUAUUUACAUUUAGAUGUGUUAAACAACUCAGGACAGAGCACCUUUUCUUUGAAGCCACCCACUUUUGACUUCGAGAGAAGAAAUAUACAGCCCAUACCACAAGAUUCAAACCACUCAUAAGCAAAAAGAAUCUGAAGAUCAUGAUUAUUUUGCAAAGUACAGAGUCGAGCCACAAAGGUUUUGGAACACAGUUUUAUGGACCGAUGAAACCAAGAUUAACCUCUUCCAAAGUGAUGGAAAGGCCAUAAUAUGGAGAAAGAACAAAUCAUCUUUUGAUCUGAAACCCACGUCUUCAGUAUACAACAAAACAAAGGAAUUGACCUUCCCAUUCCAAUAAUUUUAGAGGGGACAGAACACAUUAUGGUGAAGCCACACCUGAAAAUAUCCUACAAUAGAGCAUAAGGCUUGGAUGAAAUCAGUUGAAAACAAUGCUCCUCCAAGCAUGUGCAUAGACAGAACCACAACACAUUCACACACACACAUACACCGCACACUGGUCUGCGCUUAGUCAUUAAAAAGCACACAAACAUCUAUACUGUAAUAUCUACCUGCACAUGUAUUCUCAGUGAGAACACUUUUUGUGGUCUCUUUUUUUCUCCCUAUUCUUUUCAUGCCUUAAUUGAGUUCAUGGAUUAUAUGUGUGGUGCUGAAUGUCUGUUAUAUGUUUACAGAGUAGGAGUGAGACUUUGCACGUUAGUGCAACAAUAUGGUCAGUAAAUGCUAAUAUUUAGAAGUUUACAUUGUGAAAUAACCAGCAAACUGGUUUAAAAAAAUGAAAAAGAUGGGAUUUAAUUUUUUUUUUUAAUACAGCAGAGCAGAAUUAACAUAUAAGGCAUGACGUUUUCAAAGAACCAUAGAGGAUAUGAUCCAGUAUGAGAGAUAGUCUUGUGUUUGCGUGUGUUCUGCAGUGAGCAAAGCAUUGACCCCCUAAGAUGUGAACAAAAAGAAUGUGAACACACAAUUGUUGGUUUUCUAUUUACUGCAGAUAACAGUGAAGCAAUGAGACUUAAAAGCGGGGGGAUGGCUUAGGAUGACUUUAAUUAUGUGGCUAGCUAAUUAUGUUGUAACUAUGUGUGUAUGCCAGGCCACUGUACUCCCACUGUAUCACUUCAGCUUUUCAGUGGAAAUCAAAGGGCAAUAUUUUGUUAACAGUCCGUCUAAAAUGUCUUUGUAGUCACAGCAGGUAAACUAGUACGUGUAGUUUAAAGCAGAGAACUGCUGACAUGUAAGAAAAUCACAUACUGUUUCAUUUUAAGCUCAUGUUUUGGACUGAACUUUGAGGCAGAUCAGCCUCUGCCAUGUUCAGCACUGAGUCCUUCACAUAUACACUGUACCUGUGUUUCUCUAUUUCCUCAGGGCUCACAUUUACAAAUGUGCUGGACAUGAAAUAACAAAACCAGCCCUCAAUCAGCUCUUCUAUUGUGUGUGUUACCGUAAGUUAAGAUUUAUGUCACUCCAUAGGUAGAGAACACAUCACACUUUGUACAAACUCGGGUCUUGGAAACCACCUUGGGCUUUGGGCUAUCUUCUCCAUCAUCCUCUCACCACUUUUACACUAGUGAACCAAACAGAAGUCAAGAAUUCUUGUGUGUUCAUGUACAUUUUUCAGGGAUGUAAAUAUUGAAGUGUCAGAUUUGGGUUUUAGUCAAAUAUUUUUUUCUUCUUCUCAUUUUUAGUCACAAUCAUCUGCCGGACAGAAAGAGAGCCAUUGUGAUGAAGUGAGCUACGGUAAAGAGCUACAUGUAAUCGUAUUUGUGUUAAUACUCUGUAUGUGUAAACAUAAUUGUAUAUUUAUGAAAUUGUGUAUAGAGAAAUAUUAGAAUUGUAUACAAAUUUAUAUUACUGUGUUAUUGUAUAGAACAGAAUCUGUAUUAAAAUGUAAUCUACAAGUUGAUCCAUCUCGCCUUUGUAUUUGUGUCACAUUGAAUUGUAAAACUGUAACGUUGAACACAAUCCUUCCAGGACUCUGGUC